AUGCUGUGCAGCUGCAGCUCUUCUGUGGGACAUGUUUCAUCUCCGUACUGGAAUAGAACUCUCCUCUUCCCGGUUUGGGCCUACAAGCCGGCCUGGUUGCCCAGGUCCAGGCAGGUUCAGCUGUGGCACUUCCUGCUGGAGCUGCUGGGGCGGAGUGAGGGCGGCGCCAUCUGCUGGGGAGGUGAGUGGGGUGAAUUCAUCAUCCGAGACCCUGAGAAGCUGGCCCAGCUGUGGGGUGAGAGGAAGGGCAAGCCGCACAUGAACUAUGACAAGCUCAGCCGGGCGCUCAGAUAUUACUACAACAAACGGAUCCUGCACAAGACCAAAGGAAAAAGAUUCACCUACAAGUUCAACUUCAGCAAACUGAUCCUGGUCAACUCCCCAGGACUUCCACCGCCAGGUCAUCAGCUGGUCCCGGGCAGCCCGCUGACCUUCCCUCUCCUCCCCGCUGACAGCGGCCUUCCUCAGUGUGGAGGAGGAGCCGGGUCGGUGAUGACCGGAGCACUCCAUCCUCUGGUGAACCCCAUCGUGCUGCCCUGCUGCCUCGCCAAACCAAUCCUGGCACCGCAGGCUCUUCGGGGACUUUUGACCUUCCUCCCAGGCCUGAGGGAGCUGGAGCCAGACUUUCCUCCUCUUUCCUCGGCCCUGUGUGUCGGUGCCCACAGCUGGCCACACACGAGCCCUGCAGGCUGGAAUCUGACCCACAUCAGCUCAAACCUGUCAGGUGGAGUGAAGCGGACGGGAAGCCGGGGAGAGGACGGCGGAGCUGCGACUGAUGGACAGAUGGGACACAAACAGUGA